GUAUAACAAUUAUUUAUGAUCUAUUAAGUAUGACCAAGGAGACAAAUCGUUGUUAUUCACGUGAAUUAUUUGAAGCAUUCGAUGAUAACGACGAGGGAACUUUUGUAAAAAUACUGGAAAGUGGUGUAAGUACCAAUUCAUGCCUCUAUGAUAGUGAACAAGGAAACGUUUGCAUAUUAUCAAACGCAGUAAGGAAAGGAUCAACAAAGUUCGUAGAUAUAUUAUUGAAAUAUGGUGCUGACCCAAACUACGAAGACGAAGAUGGAGAAACCCCACUGUUUGAAGCCCUUUUUUCCGAUUGCGAUAAUUCAAUUCAAGAGCGUCUUUACAAAUAUGGGGCCAACAAGAACCAUAGAAAUAAAGCUGGAAAUACUCCGUUCAUUCAGUUGAUGAUCAGAUGUGCUGAUGACCAUACUUAUAACUUUCAGUCUACAACAUUGUUCUAUCUUUUAGAAGGUGGAAUUGAUUUUCAGCUGAGAAGCAGCAGAGAUCAGAAACUUAUUCAUUUCCUUGCUUUAAUUCAUAGGUGCCAUAUAUCAAAAACAGACAUUUCAAAGAGGCAUAUUUGUAUUCGAUACUUAGAAAUCCUUAUUAAAAAUGGAUUGUCUGUUCAUUCAAAGGACGGUUCUUGUUUAACUCCUCUACAUUAUGCAGCCAUGGCGUGCUGUGAAGGCGCUGUAGACUAUCUUAUUGGUCAUGGAGCUAAAAUAAAUGCACAAACUAUUUCUGGUCAACAACCGAUUCAUUUUCUUGGUCAAAAUGCAGAUCGUUCCGGUUUUCAGAAAUGUUUGAGACUUCUUCUUGACUCUGGUUCCUCCAUUCAAAAUGUUGAUAACCAGGGACGAAAUAUCCUUCACUACUUGACAACAACAAACAAAGUAAGUAAGUUAGCAAUAGAAACAGUGAUAAAUGAAGGGAUGAGCCCCGAUAUAAAGGACAAUUGUGGUUUAACACCAUUACAUCUUUGUGUCAUUCCGUCAAUAUUUGUUCAUCCAGAUGAAUUGGAAGAUGACGAAGAAGACAAAACAGACAUUUCCAAUAUUCUUACAUGUUUGGUGCAUUAUGGUGCUAGUGUAAAUGCAGUAGAUAAAAAUGGAUUAACACCACUUCAUUAUUCCCUGAGAUAUGAAUUAAAACAAGAAAUUAUUAGCACAUUACUUAAACUUGGGGCUGAUAUCAAUUUGCGGACUAUGACUGGUGAAACGGCAUUACAUAGAGCUACCUUAUAUCCUAAUCUUCUACUAGAAGUGUUAAAUAGUGGUAAAACAUUUGAAAUAAAUGCCACAGACAAUUUUGGGUCAACAUCACUGCAUUGGGCUAUCUAUUAUUUUGAAGAAGAUUGUAUCUUUCAACUUUUAAAAGCUGGAGCCGAUGCGAAUAUUUGUGAUUUCGAAGGGAGAUCGCCCGUACACUAUGCAGUUAUUUCCAAACGAACUUCACUGUUCAAUGCGCUGGGUAUAAUCUACUGUAGAGAAACCGAUCCACUACCAUGCAAGAUAGAUCCGUCAGAAGAAACUGAUCUUAAUGUAUUCAUAGAAGCUCGUAUGCAAGUAGAUGGGACUAAUUUGGACGAAAAAGUUCCUAAACAAAUCAAUGUUUUGGAACAGGCACACAAUAGCCUGAGUGGUGAUUGCAAAUUGUCAUCUGAUGAAUCACCAAGUGACUUCUCUGAGCAAAAUAUUACAUAUUCUAGGUCAAAUACCAUUGAUUUGUCAGAAGAAAUGUACACAGAUUUGUUUUCUGGUUUAGAUGAAGAAUGCAUUGGUGAGGACCACAUGUUCUGCGAUUGUCCACUACUGCAAACAGUCUUUAAUCACGAUAAAAUGGUUAAUACUGUUAAAUGGACAUUUCAUUGUGAGAAGCACAGACAGUCGUUGGCUAAUUAUAUGGAACUCAUCCUUAAUACAAAUAAUAUGGGUCUAUAUAUAGACACAACCGAGAACAGCUUAGUAGCAGAGAACAUCAAAAAGCUUCUUGAAAAACUAACAUUCGGUGUCAAACAGAGAAAUUCUCUAUUCGAAUGCGAGCUUCAGCUUGCGGGAAGCUGGAAAGAAGGAACAAAAAUAGUAUCUCCCGAUGAAUUUGAUUUUAAAUGGAUUUUAACGAAAUUCAGUACGGCUUUUGAGGUGAUUGAAUCUGAUGAGGAGAAUCUACGAAGUUAUGUUAAGUUCCAUUUAAAAGAGCAAUAUAGAGAUUCGCCGUUUAGUGAGUUCCUAGAUGAACACUUUUUCCUAGACGGACGAAAAGUUAUACGAGCACUUUAUACUUUAAUCAAUGACGUUUUGUUCGAGAUGCUUCCACACGCACAGUUGUAUCCGGUAAAAUAUUUGAAUACAGAAAAAGACUCCAUUGACACUUUAUCAUUCAGAUGGGUUGGUUGCACGUAUAAAAACAUGCUUAUAGACAUUGAUAUUGUGCCUACGCUUACUCCGCCUAACUGGAUUCCUACAUACAUGAACAAUACAAAGAAACUAUUACAGAGCCUUCAACUGGGAAAUGAUAAUACUUAUUCAGUAGUUCUAAAGACUCCGGAUUCCAGAUUUGUUAAAAACUGGAAUACUUUAUUCCGACUUUCUUUGUCUGACGUCGAAGUGGCAAUAUUCAAAGCGAUUCCAGCAUCAUCACUGAAAGGUUAUAUACUAGUGAAAUCAUUGACCAACACGUUGUAUUUUCCACAAAUAUAUGUAACUGAUGAAGACUGUUAUCUGAAGAGAUUCAUUACUACUUAUAUUAUGAAAACAUGUUUCUUGCAUGAACUUGAAAAGGACUUUACCAAUAUCUCCCAAAACCAAGAAUGUCCGGAUCAUUUAGCUAAAAUAUGGGCGUUGAAGAUAGUCAGAAGUGUCGAGAAAGCUAUAGACAGUGGUCAUUUAGAACCAUACUUUUUUUCUGGAGUUAAUCUUUUUGUAAAUAAUAGCUUAACACUGUUCAAUAACAAACUUUUUUACACAUGUGAAAUUGAAUGUAUUCAACACUUGCUUCGGAUAGGGAUUGAGACAUUAUGCAUUCGCCAUGGGGAUGUUGAUUUUAUACAACCUUUUCUCAACGACAUCUAUAGCAAGAAAACAAAUGCUAUUUAAAACCCAGUGUUUCUUUCGGAAUUAACUGGUAAGCGCGUACGUACUAUUUCCAAUCGAAUUUUAUUGCAACAAACUGAAUUGCUUGUCUGA